AUGACCGAGGAGCCGCAGCUGGGUUCGAUCCAGCAGCGGAUUGCCGCACUGAAGCAGUCCCAGGUGGCCCGCCCUGACGACGGCCCUGAACCAUUCCUUCGCCCCGCCACCGAACGAUCCAAUUCGGCCAACAACCCUCCUUCAUACAAUGUCACCGGCUCAGUUUUGGACCGAGCAUCGAUCGGAAAUGAGCCUGCCGACGAUCGGCCGCGACGACCAGUUCCGCGCCCGCCGUCACAUUCCUCUAGACCCGAUGUGAAACCCAAGCCGAAAGUCCCGCCACCAGUGCCAUCGCGCAAGUCAGAGGGCGAGCCCCCUCCUACUCCGGCGCGUCCUGCUGAUCGCCCUGCGCUGCCGCCGCGGAGGCCUACAGAUCCACCCCGGCGGCCGUCUCUCGAGUCGGUCACGUCCGAUGCGUCAUACUCAACGGCAUCCACUACCGGGCGUGGGACAUCAACAACCUCCGUGAACACCAACGGCAACAGUCGAGUGAAGGCGCCAGCAUGGGGAACAGACGAUUUGCCCCCACUGCCUCCCAGACGAACAGAGGAAUCAAAGGCCCCGCAACUGCCUUCACGGCCCAAGUCCAGGGCCAGCAUUGGGAGUCUGUCCUCGAAACUGUCUUUGACAUCCAGAGGACCCUCUCCCUCUCCUCCCAGCUUGCCCACUCGUCGAGAUCGCUCCCCGGCUCCUCCUCAGCUGCCACCGCGCACAACGUCUGGAACGGAGAUGAACUCAAAUGGGGCAACAGAGAACUCUAGUCCUAACCUGCCGCCUAGGAAACUGCCCCCUCCUCCAUCAGCCACCAAAAUAAACGAUGCCCGACAGCUAGGUUUUGGGAACAAGAAUCCAAGGCCCCCACCAAGGUCUAAUAGUACCCCAGCCCAAGAGUCGGCCCCGAGUGGAGUGCCGCCGCCAAUCCCGCAUGGUUCCCGUCCAGAUCUCUCCAAACUCCAAGCAACCAAGCCACGGUUUCAUGGAUCGAUGCCAUCUGCGACCCCACCUGCAAAUAUGUCAAGUACGGAAUGCUUGAUAUGUCGAGACUUCUCCGGACCGGACAACCAUGCUGCUCGGUACCCGCGCGCAUCGCUUCCGACACAGGACAUGGGCUGGUUAGCGAACGAGCUGACCGCGCCUUUCCCAUCGUUGACGGACAAGGCACGAGCGAUCUUCACGUGGCUACAUCAUAAUAUCUUCUACGAUGUGGAUUCCUUUUUCAAUAACUGCGUCCAGCCGUCGACGCCCGCCAGCACGCUGGCCACAGGAAUGGCGGUUUGCGAAGGAUACGCAGGGCUAUUUGCCGCGCUCGCCACCCAUGGCGGGUUGGAAGUGAUCGUGAUAACCGGUCAUGGGAAAGGGUUUGGCCACCAGCAGCUUGCCCGGGGGUCCCCACUACCGCCGUUUAAUGGCAACCACGCUUGGAACGCUGUCCGGAUCGACGGAGGGCGGUGGAAGUUGAUCGAUGCAUGCUGGGGAGCCGGAGUCGUGCAGGGCAAAGGCCAUCCCUACCACCAGCGCUUCGAGCCGGCCAUGUUCUACAUCUCGAACGACGAGUUCGGCCUGAAGCACUAUCCCUCUGACAAAAACCACUUCUUCCGCGAGGAUGGCCGCGCGGGUCUGAGCUGGGAAGAAUACGUCCUCACCGACCCGGAGCGGCCCACCGGUGUCGAGCCUCUGAUAGUCUACGGCGAUGCCAAAGAGCGCAGUAUCGGUCACCGCAGCUUCCAGCCCGCCGGCCGCCACAUCUCCCUAUCCACCACCCCGAGCCCCAUCCGCUUCCAGUUCGGGUUGAUCUGCGAGCACUGGACGCUUGCCCACCACAGCCGCACGAUCCCUGGCCUGUUCCUGCUGAUGAUCCAUGGUGUCGAUGGUCGUAAAGAUGAUAGGCUCCCCUUCAACCACGUACAGGGCUCGGGCCCCGCAGGUGGCGGCGAGUUCUGGUAUGUUGAUGUCCCAGACGUCCGCAUGCUCGGCGCCCCCGGCCAGAAGCUGCAGCUGGCGGUGUUGACCAGUUUCGGGGACCGCAAGGAUGCCCGCGGUGUGACGGCCCAGGAGUAUAAGGCGCAAGUUGGCCGCGUCGGUAUGGCCUGGGCGUAUGUUGCCGAGUGGGAUUUGGUCCAGUAG